AUGAUGCAUUAAGUGUUCUUCAUUGAAAAGAAAAGAAGUUUAAAAGUUAGAAUUUAUUUUGUAUUCUAAAAUUGCUUCAUUACCUACUCGUCUUAAAAAUAAAAAUUUAGACGAGGCUUAGAAAGAUAUAAAAUGAGAUAUUAAAAGUUUCCUUUCUAAAUCAGAUUAAUAAAUAACUAAUUAUUACAUUUACUAAUGAAUCUUUGCUAAUAAUUCAUUUAACUUUCAAUCCUUUCAGAAGUUCAAUACACUUGA